GGUUGCAGCCGAUUUCAGCGGCUCAGCGACCGGGAAAGCUAGACUCGGUGCAGAGAGGGCUUUCGUCCGGGACCCGCUAGGCCUUGUGACCCACUUUUAUUCCUGUCACCACUCGGGCACGUUUGGAGCGGCGCCCAAUGGGGCGCUGGGGCGGCCAGCUCCUCCGGGGAACCCCCGCCCUCCCGGCACCCCGGCCGCGCGUCGCCGUCCGCAGUCCGAGCGGCCGCCGCCGCUGCCAGUGGGCUGGUUCCGUUAGUGGUCGUGGUUCCGGGGCUCGGUCCCUGGGGAGCGCGCGGCUCGGGGCGUCGGACUUAAGCUGCGCGCGUUUGGAGGGCGCGGUGCCGGGCUUCCCUUCUCCCCUGACGGGCUCCUCGCGCUCCCAUUCGCCGCGGCAGCUGGCGUUUCUGGAUCCCUUUCCGCCCGCGAAGCUGUCUUCGCUGGAGAUGGUCCUGGCUCUCCGGCCGCUGUGAAAGAAAAGCACAAGAAGAAACUUUUACAGUCAUUGUUGAUUUGACUAGUACGCUGAACCCCCAAAUCAAAGUAAAGGUUAUCAUAAGCUACCCUCCAUAAGAAAGUACUGGUCAAAUGAUGAAGAUUUGGGUAUAUGCAUCAAAAAUGCAAUGUCGAGAAAUCAUUUCCAGGAGCUGAAAAGUACCAUACAUUUUUGCGACAAUAAUGAAUGGCAAGAGAAUGUUGAAGAUAAAGGUUUUAAAAUUCAUCUUCUAAUAAAUAAGAUCCAAAAGUCAUGAAUGAAAUUUGGUAUCUUUGAAGAAUGUUUGACAGUGGAUGAAAUGAUUAUCAGAUAUCAUGGACACAGUUUGCUGAAACAAUUUAUAAGAGCUGCUGAAACUCAGAAGCUGAUUCUGUCACAUUGUAAGAUGACUUUGGAAAAUUCUGCAGUUCUUCUAGAUCAAUCUUUAGAAGUUGAAUUUUGAGACUGAUGGUUGGUCAUAUAGAAGAAAUCCUUGAACUCUUAUAGUUUUCUGAAGAAUCAGUUCAAAAGAUCCCCAAAGUACAAAAGGAGAAGUACAAAUGUCUACCACAAGACGAAAACGUAAUAUGUUAUGUUGUUUACCGUAAGCUGUAGUAAAAUGAGCUCAAUUGUUGACAGAGAUGACAGUAGUAUUUUUGAUGGGUUGGUGGAAGAAGAUGACAAGGACAAAGCAAAAAGAGUAUCUAGAAACAAAUCUGAAAAGAAACGAAGAGAUCAAUUUAAUGUUCUUAUUAAAGAGUUGGGAUCCAUGCUUCCCGGUAAUGCUAGAAAGAUGGACAAAUCUACUGUUCUGCAGAAGAGCAUUGAUUUUUUACGAAAACAUAAAGAAAUCACUGCACAGUCAGAUGCUAGUGAAAUUCGACAGGACUGGAAACCUACAUUCCUUAGUAAUGAAGAGUUUACACAAUUAAUGUUAGAGGCUCUUGAUGGUUUUUUUUUAGCAAUCAUGACAGAUGGAAGUAUAAUAUAUGUGUCAGAGAGUGUAACUUCAUUACUUGAGCAUUUGCCAUCUGAUCUUGUGGAUCAAAGUAUAUUUAAUUUUAUCCCAGAGGGGGAACAUUCAGAGUUUUAUAAAAUACUCUCUACCCAUCUGCUGGAAAGUGAUUCAUUAACUCCUGAAUACUUAAAAACAAAAAAUCAGUUAGAGUUCUGUUGUCACAUGCUUCGAGGAACAAUAGAUCCAAAGGAGCCAUCUACCUAUGAAUAUGUGAGAUUUAUAGGAAAUUUCAAAUCUUUAAACAGUGUAUCUACUGCAGCACAUAAUGGUUUUGAAGGAACUAUACAACGCACACAUAGGCCUUCUUAUGAAGAUAGAGUUUGUUUUGUAGCUACUGUCAGGCUAGCUACACCACAGUUCAUCAAGGAAAUGUGUACUGUUGAAGAACCCAAUGAAGAGUUUACAUCUAGACACAGUUUAGAAUGGAAGUUUCUAUUUCUAGAUCACAGGGCACCACCAAUAAUUGGAUAUCUGCCAUUUGAAGUUCUGGGAACAUCAGGCUAUGAUUACUAUCAUGUGGAUGACCUAGAAAAUCUGGCAAAAUGUCAUGAACACUUAAUGCAAUAUGGAAAAGGCAAAUCAUGUUAUUAUAGGUUCCUGACCAAAGGGCAACAGUGGAUUUGGCUUCAAACUCAUUAUUAUAUCACUUAUCAUCAGUGGAAUUCAAGGCCAGAGUUUAUUGUUUGUACUCACACUGUAGUAAGUUAUGCAGAAGUUAGGGCUGAAAGACGACGAGAACUUGGCAUUGAAGAGUCUCUUCCUGAGACAGCUGCUGACAAAAGCCAAGAUUCUGGGUCUGAUAAUCGCAUAAACACGGUCAGUCUCAAGGAAGCAUUGGAAAGAUUUGAUCACAGUCCAACCCCUUCUGCCUCCUCUCGGAGUUCAAGAAAAUCAUCUCACACAGCCGUCUCAGACCCUUCCUCAACACCAACAAAGAUCCCGACAGAUACUAGCACUCCUCCCAGACAGCAUUUACCAGCUCAUGAAAAGAUGGCACAAAGGAGAUCAUCAUUUAGUAGCCAGUCCAUAAAUUCCCAGUCUGUUGGUCCAUCAUUAACACAGCCAGUGAUGUCUCAAACUGCAAAUUUACCAAUUCCACAAGGCAUGUCCCAGGUGGUACUUCAGUUUCAGUUUUCAGCACAGCUAGGAGCCAUGCAGCAUCUGAAAGACCAGUUGGAGCAACGAACACGGAUGAUAGAGGCAAAUAUUCAUCGGCAACAAGAAGAACUAAGGAAAAUUCAAGAACAACUUCAAAUGGUCCAUGGUCAAGGACUGCAGAUGUUUUUGCAACAGUCAAACCCUGGGUUGAAUUUUGGUUCUGUUCAACUUACUUCUGGAAAUUCAUCUAAUAUCCAGCAACUCACACCUGUAAAUAUGCAAGGCCAAGUUGUUUCUGCUAACCAGAUUCAAAGUGGAAUGAAUACUGGACAUAUUGGCACAAGUUCACACAUGAUACAACAACAGACUUUACAGAGUACAUCGACCCAGCAGAGUCAACAAAGUGUACUGAGUGGGCACAGUCAGCAAACGUCUCUUCCCAGUCAGACGCAGAGCACUCUUACAACCCCACUGUAUAACACUAUGGUGAUUUCUCAGCCUGCAGCUGGAAGCAUGGUCCAGAUUCCAUCCAGUAUGCCACAGAACAGUACCCAGAGUGCUGCAGUAACUACAUUUACUCAGGACAGACAGAUAAGAUUUUCUCAAGGUCAGCAACUUGUGACCAAAUUAGUGACUGCUCCUGUAGCUUGUGGGGCAGUCAUGGUACCUAGUACUAUGCUCAUGGGUCAGGUGGUGACUGCCUAUCCUACUUUUGCUGCACAACAGCAGCAGGCGCAGACACUGUCAGUAACACAGCAGCAGCAGCAGCAGCAGCAGCAGCAGCAGCAGCAACAGCAGCAGCAGCAGAGUUCCCAGGAGCAGCAGCUUCCUCCAGUUCAGCAACCAUCUCAGGCUCAACUGACCCAACCGUCACAGCAGUUUUUACAGACUUCUAGGUUGCUCCAUGGGAAUCCUUCAACUCAACUCAUCCUCUCUGCUGCGUUUCCACUACAACAGAGCACCUUCUCUCAGUCACAUCACCAGCAACACCAGUCUCAGCAACAGCAGCAACUUAGUCGGCACAGGACUGACAGUUUGACUGAUCCUUCUAAGGUUCAACCACAGUAGCACACGUGCUUCCUCCAACACCAAAGGAGGAAGGUGAUGGUCUAUAAACAGUUGCUCAGAUGACCUGAGGAUAGGAAGAAAAGUUCCAGCAGUUUCAUGAGAUACAGUAUUGAAUGUUCUAGUUCCUGGAAUUAGUUGGUAGGGAAAAUGCUGCCUAGUGCUACAGAUGUACAUUAAAUACCAGCCAGCAGAAGAUGAUCAUAGGGACAUAGCCAAUUCUGACAGUGUUUCAGUUGCCCAGAUAUUUUUUGAUGGAAAAAGAGUAUAUUGCCAAAUGUUAAGAAGCUCAGCUAUGAGAUGACCUCCAGUGAAUCAGAAAGGCACUAACAUUGUUAGUCACUUUUAGUGGUCUGUGCCUGUUAUCAAGUGUUACAGAGGACACACCACUGCCAUGUCAGGGGUUUGCUUACAGUGAUGCCAUGAAGAUAAUCCAGUAGUCAAUAGCCCCCACCUUAAACCCUUUUCCUUUUUCAGAUAAUGAUGGAACAGUAAUUUCAGAAUGUUUUGUCAUUUAAAUUUUCUGUAUACAGAUACUGUAAAAAUGUGUAUAUGUCUGGAUGAAGGAGAGAAAGCAAAACAUUGUGUAAGCUGCAUGAAGGCAUUCUCUCUUCCGUAUGAGUACAUUUCAUUAGAUUCUGACACCAUGUACAAACUGAUACAUCAGCCUCUUUUUCCUUUUGUUUACAGCAUAAUAGUGUUCUAUUCACUUUUCCAGGGCACAAGUCUUUUUGUUCAUACUUUGGCUGUGAUGUCACAGUUUGUUCAGUGAGGUAUGAUGUGCUGCUGGGAAUGAAUUUUUUUUCAGGUUAAAUUAUUGAUACAACAGGAUUUUCAAGUUAUUCAGAAAUAUCCCUCACUUCAUUAUUGGUGUUUGAAAAUAGGAUUUGCACUGCUUUAUUUUAGAUGGUUGGGAGUUUGAUCACAUAUUUUGAUAUAUUUCAUUGUUGCAAAUAUUUAUGUAAAUGGUUUUCAACAAGCCUGAAAGUAAUUUCAAGAAUGUUUCAGUUAUAGGAAUAAAAUUUGCACACAAACAUUUUAGGCACUUUUUAACAUUCCCAGUGUUGGGAAUUUUAACUUUUAGGAUUUGUUGGAAUCUUUUUAUUAUCCUUCACAAUUUCAAUGCUUCUUUUAGUCAGAAAUGAUUCAGGGUUAUUUGAGGGGGGGGAAACCCAUAGUGCCUUGAUUUUAAUUCAGGUGAUAAUUCACCAUCUUGAACUUAUUGUCUGAUUUCAGUAGCAGUUUUGAAACCUUAGUACAUUUUUAACAGCAUGUGGGUGUCAGUGUCAUAAUUCUCCUAUGUUCCUAUGAAGACUGCUGCAAGUCUCUUGGACUAGGGUACAAAUAACUUAGAAGUAAAAGAUAACAACCUAACACUAUAACAGUUUAAUGUGAUCCCAAAUUUGUUUCCUAAAUUAGCACCUUCCAUUAAAACUAAAUAGCCAUUUAAGAAUUGCCAAUAAAUAUUUGCUCAAUGUGUUGAUAUUUUUAACCAUAAAAGGGCAGGAAUUGGCUUUACCUUCCCUAUAACAUCAGAAUAUUGUAACCCACAUGCUUUCUAAAUAUGAACUAAGAUUUCAUCUGGCAAUAUCAUGUUCUAAAGGUAAUAAAUUUCAAUACAAAUUACAUAUAUUAAAAAUAGCAAUUUUUUUUAGAUUUUAUGGUACUAAUACUGAAAUUUACAACUAAAGAUUAGUGGAAAUUUCUUAUUACAGUAUAAAAAAUUAUUGCUGAGAAAGGGGAGAACAAAUAUAAUAAAUCAAAAUUGACCUUAAAAGAAAUGUAUAACAGAAUUGAAGUUGUUAAACAGAAAUGGUUUUAAGCAAUGAAAAUAACCUACUGCAGAAUUACUAGAUAAAAGACUCAGGGGAAUGGUAGGUCAGUUCUCUGUCCUUAGCUUUGCUAUCAUCCUUGAGGGACAUAAUGUUUUUCUGUGACAAAACAAAACAAAACCAUACCUGUCCAUAAUUAAAUUAGAAAAUUAAUGCUGUAGAAGAAAACAACCAAAGAAAAUGGUACCUACCCUUCUACAAAAGAAGUGCAACUAGAUACCAGUUAAUGAUUAACAUAUCAUGGAGUUUUAACUAAAUGAUCAUCCAGAAGAGAUUCCUGGCAUUCCCAUGGAUGUCAAGAAUGGUUGUCAGAACGUGUAUACCUGAGCAUACAUGCACAAGGCUAAUCAGUGUUGUAAAAGAUGGCAACAGCAUUGCUUUUCUCCCCUUCCAAAUUGCCUUUCUUGACCUUAUGCCAUUCCAUAUAACUCUGAGUUGUGCCUCAUUUAUUUAUUGGCAAUACCUAGUGAUAUGGACUUAGCUAACAAAAGAUAUGAACUAUUAUGUUAAGGCUUGCCCUCUGAGUACCAUACUUAAAAGAAAGAUCAUGAACUGUAAUAUGUACUUAACAGAAAAAAAAGGCCACAAGGUAAAUCUGCAGAUUGUUUAUUUAACUCACAUUCAACUCUUAACUCCUUUAAAUAUUUUCCAUCUUAACUAAUAUUUGGGAAAGAAAAAAAAAUUUGUCAUAAUUCCUGUUGUUCAUGAUUCAUCUUUUUCCUGCUUGAAAUUCACAGUUGCUAAAUUUAAAGAGCAGCCAUGCUUUUCCUUUGCCAUCAGGAAGGAAAGUUAUGUUGAAAAAACUAGUCAGCACCAGCUGCCUCUUCUUUCUUUACUUUGGUUUCCUUGUGCUUCUCUUCAAUUUGGGUUGCAAAGCUAGUCCUGUCCCCUUCCCUGUGAGACUUGAGCAUUCAGAUGAAGAUUCAGCACUUGUUUGUUUUUUAUUCCACUUCCAUAACCAAAGUUGUUAAUUCAAAUCCCAAACCUAAAUCAUGAAACUAUAUCAAACGGGAACACUUUUCAGCUUCCCUCUGCUUUACUCUCACAGGGAUUCAAUUUCUCUUAAAAACAUUUUAUUCUGGGUGGCACUUUUUACGUAAGAAACUGUGGAGGUAAAGGAAAGAUGCCAGCCACCGUGCAGUUAUUCUGUGGACUGCUGUGGCACAGUGUGAGCCAGUAUUGCCUAACGAAUACAGAUGAGAACCGCAGGGAUCAAUAAAGUUGCUGCUGAGAGUGAUGUCACACCAGAACCUAGACACUUGAAAAGUACUUGUUUUUGAGUGGGAAAUAUGGGCGGAAAAGCAAAUGUGGUGAAUGGGGUGGAAGGGGUGGCAUAGUGUGAAAGUAAAUACUACAGUUCAGUUUUCUGAACUAUAUCCUAAAUUCAGGGGGUAAUUUUAGAGUGCUGUGCUCUGCUUUGUCACUUAGAUGUGGCUUAGGAAUGUACUAGUAAUAAAAGGAUGCCAGUGGUCUUGACUAGUUUGUUAUAGAAUACUCAGUGCAGAAGUGAGUGUGUUUGAAUUCUUCAGAUGUGCUGUAGUUGUUGGUUGUUGCCUUAAAGCAGUCUCUUGAAGUUAGGAGCACUGAAGCAGUCCAGCUCUGUAAAGGGCAUUGUGUUGAAUGAAGGGAGAUGAACCCUUGUUCAAGAAGCCUUAGAAAGGGACCCUGAAAAUAGUAGGUAGAAAUGCUUUUCAACUGGAUAAUAUUAUGUUUGAAAAUGUUUCCACUACAUUGAGGCAAACUUUCAAGUGGAAUACAGAUAGCAUUUAACUUUUGUUUUUCUACUUUUUUCUAUUUCUUUGGUGAUCGAAGAUUUGUAGGUGAACAUUUAUGUAAAGCUCAUUCAAGUCUACAACCUUUCCUAUAUCUGUGGCCCUGUUCUUAGUCCCAUGGAAGUCCCUGUUGGAAGGUAUAAACACUGGAUAUUAAUGUUGCUGAGUGCAUCUAGCCAGGAGAAAGCUAAUUGGAACUUUUCAGUGGUAGAGAAGAAACAGCACAAAGGCACUUGCCAUUUUAAUAGUGAUUUGGACAAAGAGAUCUUUUAAGUUUGUCUUGAUUGGAUGAGCAUUCUUCUAAAAGGAGCUUCUGAAGUCAUUGCAAAGGAAAAGAGUCGACUAUUUUUAUAGCAUAUUUAAUAUAUUUGUAUAUAACUAUGAGUAUAGUAGGAACCCUCCACAUGCUUCCCACUUUUCUAAUUUCCUCCCCUUUUUGCCAUAGCCCUAGUAUAGCCUCUUCCGCAUGGGUAAUGUGCCUAUUGUCAGCCUACCAAAAGAUAGUGCUGCUGCUUUUUGAGACAGGUGAGAAGACCAGACUCUCAUGCCUGGGGAUCCUUUAUGGGAGGAAUAGCACACACUUAACAUACCACAGUCUAAAAGCAUCAUUUUGAAAUGUAACAAGCACUUUAUUGCAAUUAUUCAUUUUGAUAAAGUUUAUCUUAGGCAUUAACCAUUUCUAAAGGAUCCCCAAAUCAUCACUUAGGUGAAAUUAUAAAAUGACACAUUUCUGAGAAAUGUUUAGAUCCAGUGAACCGUCGUAGGUUUAUGGGAGUGAUCUUAAGAUAGCCAAAUGAACUCUGACUUUUGUUUUGAAUGUGGUGGAAUCAAGAGACUGUAGAUGCCUAGUUCCAUUUAAACACUAUUGUAAACCUAUCUUGCCUAUUGUGUGGACACCAAAAGAGACCAAUGAGCCUGUUUAUUUUCAGAGGUCUAGGAAAAUUGCAUCCAUGUGAGUAGAUGUACAGAACUAAUCUAAAAGUGAUUGGUAGUGAUAUUUUAGAAUACAGUAAUUUCAAGAAUUAUUCUGAGUGUUUUAAAUGUGCCCUGAAAUGUUGGCAUGUCAUUUCAGCGUUUCCAUUUGAAUUCUCUUGUAAUAUUUUUGCACAAAAAGAACUGAGAAAAAGAAAAGUAUAAUUUGGUCUUAUUUUAAUGUCUCCUGUGGAAACACUGGGGAUAAAUUUUGUUGGUAUAGUUAUUAAUUCAGGAUAUUUAAAACAGUGUUGAACAGCUCACAAGAAAUUAAGCAAACUUGGAUAUUUAAAAAUUAAAAUACUUUCUUUCCAUGUGA